CCGAUUAAUUAAUAAAAAUAUUUCAUAAUGCUUGAUAUCCGUCCAAUAUCACCGGAACUGGCUCUGAUUGCCAAAAAUGAGUGUUUUGAAAAUCCCGAAAGAAUGGAAGCUGACGUCAAAGCUUUGCGAGAGUGGCUAGAAAAAUCUCCUUAUCUAAAAUUACCAAUAACGGAUCAAGGAUUAGUUUCGGUGUUGCGUUGCUGCAAAUACAGCUUGGAAAAGGCAAAGAAAAAAAUUGACACUGGAAUGACAAUUAGGACGCUGAUGCCGGAAUUGUUCACGGAAUUGUAUCCAAUUACCAAAGAAAUGGAAGAACUUUUGGAUUUGGGGAUGAUGUUGAGUCUUCCUCUAGAAACCCCAAGCAGUCCUCGAGUCAUCAUGAAUAUCGAUGGAUUGUACGAUCCGAACAAAUAUUCCUUCCCACUUGUCAUGAAGGUCAACGGGAUGGUAAACGACCUGCUGUAUCAGCAAUGUGAUAAUUUCGUUAUCGCCGGUCUUGUCAUAAUUUGCGAUCUGAAACAUUUGACGUUGGAACACUUGAAGCACAAUAGUCCGCUUUUUGUGAAGAAAAUCGCGUAUGCGUUUCAGGAAGGGUCGCCAUAUCGCAUCAAAGGACUGCAUUUUAUCAAUUUUAGUCCUUUUGUGACAAAAAUGUUUAAUUUUUUCAAGAUGUUUUUGAAUGAAAAGACAAAAAGUCGGAUUUACGUUCAUGAAACUCUAGAAGAUUUGUACAAAUUUGUGCCACGCAAAAUCCUCCCGCUGAGUACGGAGGCGAAGCUGGAACUGUUAAAGAGCUUGGACAGGCGAGCAAAAAACGCGUUCUCGAUAACUUAGAACAUUUUAAAAUCGCUCAAACCAUGGGAACAGAUGAGAAAAAGCGACCUGGGAAACCAAAAACAUCGGAAUCGGUCUUUGGUAUUGAAGGAUCUUUUCGACAAUUGGAUUUUGAUUAA